AUAAAUCCGUUUUUAUUAAUAUGUAAAAAUUAUACAUAUUAGCGCUGCUAUUGGCGAUUGUGAUAGCUUAAGAGAGUUUUCUUGAAAAAUAAAAGCAUGUGAAAUAAUAGAAGGAUUUAUCAACAGAAAUAUAUACAAUAAAAAAAAAAGGAUUACCAACAUUUUUAGGAAGAAGUUCAGAUGACUCAAUAAAAGAAUAAUUAUCAUCUCUCUUGAAUUAUGAAGAAGCUCUUAAAUUGAGUCCUUCUGAAACAAGUGAACAUACAAUUAAAUUUGUGGAAUCAAUGUUUAUUAUUGAUUAACCAAAUUAAAAUGCAGUUAGAGCUACAGAAAAACCAGAUUAUAAUCUUCUUGAGACUAAUAAACCAUAAAAAAAAGUAUACAGCAAUGAAAAAGUUAAUACAUUUUAAGAUGGUUGUAUUUAUGUUUUUAGUGAAUGCAAUUUUAAAGGUGAACAUGCAAAAUCAUGUCCAGGAUAAAAUGUUACAUUUUUUGGAUUCCCAUUUGAAGUUUUAUCAAUUCAUAUACCAGAAGGAGGAUCUUUGAGUUUAAUUUAAGAAAAUGGAACAACUGCUUAUACAGUUACUAAUAAAUGUAUGAGAAGUAAACCUAUUGAAUUCCUUUUUGUUUAAGGAGCAAUUUAAUAAUCAUUUGGAAAUGGUGAUAUAUUCAUAGACUAAUGAUAAUAUUCAUUAAAAACGAU